AUGACAGUGUCAAUCUUACCCCUGGACCAAAAGUGUCACCUACAGAAUGAUCUUUGUGGUUUCAGAUGCCCCGUUCCAAGAAACCCAGGCGCCCUGAUGCCCGAAGUUAUAAGAAAUAUGAUGAGUGAAGAAAUGAAGAAAGCAGUUGAAGAAGUGAAAAAUGGCGAAAGUUGUAAAAGAUCGGCAGAACGUCAUGAUAUUAAUAGAACAACGUUAUUAAAUCAUGUGAAGGGAAUAAAAUGCAAGAAUGUUGGUAGACCAACAGUUCUUACACAUCAAGAGGAAGAGCUUUUGGUUCAUUCAUUGCAAAAACUUCACCUAAAAGUAUGUUGCUUAGAAUCAACGUUGACACUAAGUGAUAAUGAAAUAUGGAUAUCCUUCCUCUUACGUUUUAUGGAAAAAAAAGCGAGCUAUGUAGUUCCUGUUAGAGCAGAUGUAUCAGAUGCAGAAAGUGUAUCCGAUGAUGAGGAUGUCGAAGAUGCCUUCGCGACCUACAAAACGUACACGGACAACAAGCAAACCAUCCAUGACCUUAAGCUACGAACUACAAACACACCACACCCGACAAACAGGACCAUCAAAACAACACAAGACAUACAAACGCCAGACACGGAAGUACUACAAAGUACUACAAUAGGCAUUUUCAUUAAAAACAUGCAAAACCAAAUUCGCCUUAACAAAAAACUCAUCACCACAGACAACAUCAACGCUGUGGAGGCGAGGGCACUAGCCACCAGUAUAAAACACAUUAAACAUAACAUAAGAGACUACGCAAAUAGAAAUAUUAUCUUCUAUACCGACUCUGCCUCAGUUUUAGCUCAGCUAGAAAACGGUGCUUGUAGAAACAAAAUAAUAAAUUGUGCUAAAAAAGACCUAGAAAACAUCAAAAUAUUCAACAUCAAUUACAACAUCAUAAAAAUUAACAGGUGCAAUCAAAACCACAUAAUUGCUCACAACCUAGCAAAAGAAGCACACACCAACCCACAAGAAGUAAUAACCAUUACAACAAAACAAGACAUCGAUAAACUUAAAAAAGAAACAAAAAUUAUCUUAUGGCAGCAAAACUGGGACAGAGACGCGAAAGGAAGGAAAACAGACAACAUUAUGCCUACAGUGAGACUGGCCGAGCCCGUGUACACGUGGAAGGCGGUACAACUACUUACAGGACAUGGGCACAUGCAGGACUACUACCGCAGGUUCAAUCUUCGGGAUACAAAUGGUAACUGCGACCAAUGCAACGUACCCGAAGACCAACAUCAUAUCAUAAAUACCUGCAUGUUAAGCCAACGAAUAACAGCCAGACAAACCUUAACACAAAAACUAAGACAGAAACAAAGGACAUACCCACCGACAAACGUAGACAUAACGGACAAGACAUUAACAACAUGGAUAAAUGAAUGGGCAGAAAACAUGAUCUUGGACGACGACGCCCAAGAUACAUGA